CACCGAUGAGAUGAAGCACACAACAGACUUCUAUUUUAAUAUUGCAGGCCACCAAGCCAUGCAUUAUUCAAGAAUUCUACCGAAUAUCUGGCUGGGUAGCUGCCCUCGCCAAGUGGAGCACGUAACCAUCAAACUGAAGCAUGAAUUGGGGAUUACAGCCGUAAUGAAUUUCCAGACAGAAUGGGAUAUUGUACAGAACUCUGCAGGCUGUAACCGAUACCCAGAACCCAUGACCCCAGACACAAUGAUUAAAUUAUACAAGGAAGAAGGCUUGGCCUACAUCUGGAUGCCGACCCCAGACAUGAGCACCGAGGGCCGAGUACAGAUGCUGCCCCAGGCGGUGUGCCUCCUCCACGCGCUGCUCGAGAACGGCCACACCGUGUACGUGCACUGCAACGCGGGCGUGGGCCGGUCCACGGCGGCCGUCUGCGGCUGGCUCCAGUACGUGCUGGGCUGGAGCCUGAGGAAGGUGCAGUAUUUCCUCAUGGCCAAAAGGCCUGUGGUGUACAUCGAUGAAGACGCCUUGGCCCGGGCAGAAGAAGAUUUUUUUCAAAAAUUUGGGAAGGUGCGUUCUUCCCUCUGCAGUGUGUAGCUGGCUGAUCUGUCUCCCCUCCCUCGC